AUGGUGCUGUUGGUGCGGGCGGUAAAAGUGUUAGUGAUCCGCGAGGCGGGGGUGCCAGUGGUGCGGGAGGCAGGCAGUGGUGGUGGUAGUGAAGGCGGGAAUGGUGGGGGUGGUGCGGGCGGCGGUGGCGCCAACCACUCUCUCUUCCAACCAGUCACCACCUCACUCUGCCAACCCCCAACCUUUCCCAAUUCAGUCACUGCGAAACUUCCCCAGCCCUCUCUGCCAACACCUUUCCCUCGCUUCUAA